AUGCCAUCUACAGGUGUCAUUUACUCCAGUGUAGGAGGGACAGCCACCCUGCCCGGUGAUGGUGUGGGGGGUCCAAACUGCUCCUCUUUGGAAUGGCAUGACUAUCCAGAUGUUUGGAGCUUCAAGUUCACAAUUGAAAGAGAUGAGUGGAGAGUUUCCACCAGGAAGAUCUGGCCAGACGCGCCCCCUGAGCGAGCUGAAAGACUCAGUCUUCUCCCUGACUGUUCCCUCCACAUCACCAACAUCACCACUGAGGAGGCUGGAUACUACAGAUGUUACAAUCCCCUGAGUGGUCGGAGUAAAGAGUUUCUCUUUAUUCUUCUUGAUGUUCCAUCUUCCCCCAGUGAGAAUGAGGCGGAGUCUGAAGAUCAUGUGACCCUGCCCUGUGUCCUUCACACUGGCUUUGACUGUGACCUGUUGACUCUGCAUCCGGAUUUUAACCUUAGCUGGGUGGAGGUGGCAGGAACUAACCUGUGGACCUCCACCAAUUACCAGACCAGGAAAACAUCUGCCUGCAGCACCACCCUGACUGUCAACCUCACAAGUCCCGCCCCUUACAGCCAGCGAAGGUGCCAGGUGACUACAGGAGGCCAAGUGCAGGUGUCUUCUGCCCUCCACACCUUUGGAUCCUUUCUAGCAGAUGUCUACAUGGUUGUGAGAGUGGCCAUUGUUUUGUUUCUGACUGUCUGUGCCAUCGCACUUGAAAUAAUCUGGAGGAGACGGAGACAGAUGAUCCCUCUGCUGAAGCUGACAAGCCUGAAGUGUUGCAGCUCCACCUACUCUUCAUCAUCAGCUGCACUGCAGACCAAUGUGGCAGAUUGGGACACACUGUGA